AGAAAGCCGGUUCACUGAAUACUUUAUUUCUCAUUUCUCGUUUAUCCCUUCGUCUUCAAGUUGAAAGAGUAAGUGAACUUGGACAUUGAAGACAAACACGUCUCCUCUCUCUCUCUGGCUUCUGUUCCUUGUAAUCAUAUAGAUAGCUAAAAGUCUUUGUUUAUUUGAUUUCGUGAGCACCCAGAAUCUCUCUACCAAUCCAAAUCUCUCCCAUGGCUUAUGCAAUACGCAUAUCUCAAUCUCAGCCCUUUUUGAAUGAAACCCAUUUGAGAGCCGGGAGAGUUCAGACCAGUUUCGCGUCUGUUUCUCUCAAGAACACCUUUUUUCAAUCCAAGGUUCUAAGUCGGAGGAGUUGUGGUCGUGGGCGAGCAAAGAUGCCCUUUAAGAGUGUUGUUGUUUCCGCAACCACGGCUGAGAAGCCGAAAAAACGAUACCCGGGAGAGACGAAGGGAUUUGUGGAGGAAAUGCGGUUUGUCGCCAUGAAAUUGCAUACCAAGGAUCAAGCAAAAGAAGGAGAGAAGGAGCCGGAGGGUAAGCCCAUAGCCAAAUGGGAACCUUCCAUCGAAGGGUAUCUCAGGUUUCUUGUGGAUAGCAAAUUCGUUUAUGAUACGCUGGAGUCCAUCGUACAGAAGGCUGCAUAUCCUUCAUAUGCCGAGUUCAGAAAUACUGGUUUGGAAAGGUCUGAGAAAUUAACCAAGGAUUUGGAGUGGUUCAAGGGGCAAGGCCAUAUCAUUCCAGAACCAUCAUCUCCUGGGGUAUCUUAUGCUCAUUAUCUUGAAGACUUAUCAGAGAAGGAUCCUCAAGCCUUCCUCUGUCACUUUUACAAUAUCUACUUUGCCCAUUCUGCUGGGGGAAGGAUGAUUGGCAGAAAGGUGACCGAGAAGAUACUUAAUAACAAAGAGUUGGAGUUCUAUAAGUGGGAUGGUGAAUUAUCCGUGCUUUUGCAGAAUGUGAGAGACAAACUCAACAAAGUUGCUGAGAGCUGGUCUAGAGAAGAGAAGAACCAUUGUUUGGAAGAAACGGAAAAAUCGUUCAAGUACUCAGGGGAGAUCCUUCGCUUGAUAUUGUCGUGAUCUGCAAAGCUUUGCUGCAUUUCUGCUAUCCCCAUAUGAUUAUGUGUAUGGAAUAUGAUGGCGCAAGCUUUAACACUCUGUCUAUAUGCUUUUAACUUCCUCCUUUCAAUUUUAGUUUGUGUAAGCAGGAAAUCUACCCUUCUGUGCAUUAUAUGUAGAACAAUGAAAUUGUAGAUUUGAUUCUCAUGGCCACGAGGCACUGAUAAUAAGAUGAUAAAUCAUCUGUGUUUUGUGGGCAUUCA